GCUCCGGUCAACUUGAGACAAACUCUUGACUUCAUUGAACUUGCGGCCUUCUCGGCUGUGCUAAGGCGCUUCACUUCUGUCCACACAUCCACGGCCCUGCCUGAUCAGCAUGACUUGGUUACGCUCCAGUCUAAUAGCCACUACGGGAUCACUUUGCCGACUCCUUUUCGCUGCAAAUGUGGCUUGAGUGGUGCUUGGCCGACCGUGACAGCCACAUGGACUCUGCAACUAACUUGCACUUAA